CCCAGCCCCUCCCCCGCCCAGCGAUCGUCGAUAAGACAGCCUCGUCUCUCGUAUUGACGCACUUUUUUGGCCCCCUCUCGCCUAUUCUAAUUUGAAUUUGUGCUAUUUUGAUCUUCUCUCCUUUUUCUCUCCGGUUUCCCGUUUUACUCUACAUCGGAUACACUCAACCCCAAGGCCCCUCUAUCGGGCCCAAUCUACACCCCAAUCUACACCCUAAACGUCACCAUCACCACCACCCAAAAUGCCUAUGGGAGUCUGGGAGGACGAUUACACCUCUGAGGACUCAGAGUUCUCAGAGACAGACGUCUCCCUCCGCCGACCGGGAGGACGCACCCACAUCCGCCAGCGCUCAACCUCGCGGCACCAUCAUGCCCGCCCAGAAGUGAAGACCUUCCUGGCACCAGCCCAACCAACUCGACUGCACCGGUCGGCCUCAACAGGCGGACGGCGGCGCGAGCGUGACCAACCCCAAACCCCAACAGUAAUGAUCUUCAACGACCAAGCCCAGCGCAGCGAGAACAAACCUUCGUCGCGGCGAGUCCAGCACCGCGUCAGCGAGCACAACGGCAACCACUUCCACGACGAAGACAUCGUCCAAGUGCCUCCUGCCCCGCCAGCGCCAGCCGUGCCCGCCAUCCAAGUGCCCGGGCGCUCGCACCGCUCACGCGAGCGCCGCUACAGCAGCGUCUCACGCGAUGCCUCGCCGUAUCACUUCCACCGUGACCAAGAGCUAGCUGCCAACCAACACAUGCUGGAGCGCAACGAUAUCCGGCAGGAUCUGGAUAUCUGGAAACACCAGCAGGAGAUUGAGCGGCUGGAGCGGGAGCUUGCGCGGACGCAUGAGAAGGCUAAGAAGGUAGCUGCGCAGCCGCCUGCUCAGGUUGACCCGAGGGAGUCGUGGCGGUUGCAUGAUGAGGAGGAGGCUUAUGAGGCUGAGUUGCGGGAUCGGUUGCGGAAGCUUGAGCGGUAUGAGCGGAAGUACCGACAUGAGGAGAGUCAGCGGGAGGCGGAGGAGAGGCUUAAAUUAAAGAAGUUUGAGGAGGCACAGAGGGCUGCUGCUGAGGAGGAGGAGGUCAAGCAUAAGUUGAAGGAGGAGAGGUUGAAGGAGAUUGCGCGGUUGCAGGAGGAGAAGGAGGAGAGGAGUCGGCUUGUGCGGGAGGAGAAGCUGAAGGAGAUUGCGCGGUUGCAGGAGGAGAAGGAGGAGAGGGAUGAGCUUGUGAGGCAGAUUAAGGAGGAGGAGGCGAGGAAGGCGAGGGAGGAUGCUGAGAGGAGGGCUAAGGAGAUGGCUAUGAAGGCUGCUGCUGUCGAGGAGUGGAAGCUUGAGCAGGAGAGGAUUAAGCAGAGGCAGAAGGAGGAGGCUGAGCGAAAGGACAAAGAGUUCCGUGAUCGCCUGCGCAUUGAGUUUGGGUAUACUGAAGAGGAGAUCGAGGCUAUUCUCAAGAAGAAGAACAAAGAGGAGAAGAAGGAGAAGAAGGAAGAGAAGAAAGAAAAGAAGGAAGAAAAGGAGGAGAAGGAGAAGACUACAUGGAUCAAGGUACAUCGCAAACACUUGCUGCCAGAGACCUUGAUCGCCUACAGUCUUCCCUGGGACUGGGACGAGCACGACACCGAAUAUAUCAUCAUCAAAAAAUGGAUCACCGAGGAUCUCCAAGAGGAGCUCUUCGCCCACACUCAACGCAUCCGUCAUCAGAAGGAGCACCAGAGGGUCAUUGCCCAGACCUCCCACUCGAUGACUGAAUUGAGAGUCAACGACCGCAACAAGGACAAGAUGUACUUAGUUCGGAAGAAGAGCCCUAAGGGCCGACUGCGCAUCUUCGCAUAAGCUUCCGCUUAGGGUUUGAUACGAUUGAUGCUUGGAAGUUGAUUUACGCACUGUUUUUGCCGAUAUUUUGUUUUGCUGGGAUUUCUUUUAUGAGCUCAGAAUUGGUAUGAUUGCUUCCCGUUGAAAUUGUGUUGAGUUGCGAUUUUUUUCUUUCUGU